CAUGUGACAUGAUAUACUGAUCAGUUCAAAAACUCUAAUAUUUCAUCUAAUGUUCUCAAAAUAACCAAUCGAUCUAAGGAUUGUAAUUCACCAUGGAAACUUGGAAAACCUAUGACGUAGAAUCGAAAGAAGAAGCUGUCUCUAUAUAUCUAGCUCAUUAUCUCAAAAUACUGUAGAUAUUCAAAGAAUGAUGGCUGAAUCUCUAUCUCUCUCGCUAGAUCAUCAGAAGCAGAUCAUGAAGUUUCCGGACGAUGAAGAAAUAUACGAGAAUUUCCUCAGAAUAGCGAAAGAUUUUCAGUACAAAAGGUGUUCACAUAAACAAGAGGACGCAAUAGAGUUUCUGAGGGUCAUGAAGGAUACGUUUAAGGACAGGCAGCCAGAGACAUACGAUGAUCAUUUCUUGGAAGCACUCCAAUUAGAUUGCAGAUCAUCAGAAAAAAGGUGUACUGACGAUGACGAUCAUGAUGACAAAGUACUCCAACUAAAGGAUGCAUAUGAAUUUCUGAAUUUAGUGAAGGAGGCUUUCAAAGACAACCCAGCAAUAUACCAUCGUUUCUUCCUUUUAAUCAAACAUUGGAGACUAAAAAGGAUCGACUUCUUUGCACUUAGGUCGGCAGUGGAAGAUUUAUUCGAGGGCCAGCCUGAACUGCUCGUGGGUUUCAAUACUUUCUUACCAACAGGAUUUGAGAUCACUCUUGCAGUUUCAAAGAUCAAGGAGAAGGCAAGGAAUUUUCUAUAUAGAAUCAAGAUGCGAUUCGCCAAUGAAAACCAGCACUUUGUAUCAUUUGCACAUUCUGUGAAUGAAUGUUGUAAUGGGGAAAAGAGCUUCAUCCAAUUUCUUAGAGAGUUGAGCGUUAUCUUUUCUAGUAAUGAAGAUUUACUCUUGGAGCUCGUUCAAGGUAUAUGCGACGAAUCUUUUAUAAGUUAGUGACAGAGCAAGGCCAUGGAGUACUGGACCUGUAUGUAUAAAAUUAUGUUUAGGAGUGAAAGAUCGACACUACAACAAAUUGGAGUUUUUGCCACAGGUUCUUUUUAUGUCAUAUAGAUUGGUGACAAUAAGUGGGCUAUUGUCAUAGAAACUCCGGGCGGGAGUAAAACCAGAUUAUUUCCCAUGAGAUUAUAAUUGUGGAUAAAUAUUGGUGAGAAGAUAUCUUUUGUAAUGAGAAAGCAAUUUUUCUUCACGAGUUGAUAUCAUGGAAGGCAAAAAUUA